AUGGCAACCAUGGAGAGAGGUGUUCUCUCAGCGCUGCUGUCCUCGGUCCUGAUGCUGGCCCUCGUCGUCGUGGCGAUGCUGGUGAGCGUGAGCGCGGGUCCCUUGUCCGGCCCGGCCUCCGCCUCAUCCGCCGCCAUCUCGUCUCCGCAGAACCGCUUCUUCGGCGUGAUGUCCUCCAAGAACAUCCUGCCGACGGCGCCGUGCACGUGGACCCUCCAGAACCCAGACCCGCGCCGCUACACCGUCUUCAUGAAGAUCACCAAGCCCACGCAGGUGUGCACGCCGCGCCAGGUGCGCUCCUUCCAGUACGACUCCUUCCUGGAGACCUCGCGCACCUUCCUGGGCAUGGAGAGCUUCGACGAGGUGGUGAGGCUCUGCGACGCCUCCUCCGCCGUGGCCUACCUGGAGUCCAGCAAGCAGUUCCUGCAGUUCCGCAAGGUCAAGGAGGUGGAGGAGGACGGUAACCGUGGUGACGAGUUCAAGAUGGAGUUUUUGGUGGUUGGCAAGAGGAACCCCAGCAUGCCCGCCUGCCAGAUGCUGUGCCAGUGGCUGGAGAGUUGCCUGGCGACCAGCACCAACGGUAGCCCCUGCGGCAUCAUGGCCACCCCGUGCCAGUGCUGGGAGGUGCCCAGGAGGAGGAUGAUGCCCCCUACAGGUUGCUACAGGAACGGCGUCUACACCGAGAAGUGCACCCCGACGCCGAGGGACAGCGGACGCGACGCAGAGAUCAUGAGGGGCUGGAGUGCCUGGGGACGCUGGUCCGAGUGCAGCGUUGAGUGCGGCGGUGGCGUGCAGGUGCGCAGCAGAGCGUGCCAGCCCCAGGACGGAGCCUGCCCCGGGGUGGUGGAGGAGGGACGCGCAUGCAACCCCCAACCCUGCAUUGGUCAAGAACGUAGCCAAGCCCUGCGCUCUACGGUGAACAUUAAGAGUGACGCAGAGACCCCCUACACAGGACUCAUGGCCCCCCACACUGGUAAGUACAGCCGACCACUUAGGAGUGACGUGACCCAGGGCGAGUGGUCCUCGUGGUCCUCCUGCUCGGUGACGUGUGGUGAGGGUUGGCAGAGCCGAUCGCGUAUGUGUGGCACCUCCCAAACCGGCUCUGCCACCCCCUGCACCGGCCCCCUCCGCGAGAACAGACCUUGCAACAACACCCAAGAGUGCCCUGUGCAUGGAGCUUGGGACGACUGGGCGCCCUGGAGUCUGUGUUCCUCCACGUGUGGGCGUGGCAUCCGUGACCGCGUGCGUACCUGCAAGCAGCCAAUGAACGGAGGCCAGCCCUGCCAGGGACCUGCCAAGCAGAGCAAGUUUUGCAACAUCGCUGUGUGCCCCGUGGAGGGAUACUGGAACGAGUGGUCUGAAUGGAGUGCCUGUUCCUCCUCAUGCUCCAACGGUACGCGCACCAGGACUCGCGAGUGCAACGGGCCCAGCUACGGCGGCCGGGAAUGCAGCGGACGCUUCCAGGAGACCACCAACUGCUUCAUCCGCGAAUGCCCAGUUGACGGUAGAUGGCUGUCCUGGAGCACGUGGACGUCCUGCUCUAAGACGUGCGGUGGGGGUGUGAUGGAGAGGCACCGGGCCUGUGAGGGGCCCUUCUUCGACGGAGAGCCCUGCACCGGCUUCAAGUCCGAGUCCAAACGCUGCGCCGAGAAAAGAUGCCCUGAGCCCCAUGAGAUCUGCCCAGAGGAGAGCUAUGGCAGCACUGUGUGGAAGAGAACCGCUUCAGGAGACUACGCUGCCGUGCCCUGUCCCGCCAACGCCACAGGUGUGAUUCUUCGUAGGUGCACCAUGGAUGCUAUCGGCCUUGCCUACUGGGAGAACCCCACCCAUGUCAAGUGUGUUUCCCAGGAAUACCAAGACAUCCAGAAUCUGUCUCGCGAGCACUUGGACAAGGCGCAGCAGGGCCUACUGGAGGACGGCGUGUCCAACGUGGUCCUGAAGCUGAGGAGCGUGACGGAGCAGGGCGCCACCUACAGCGGAGACCUGCUCGCCUCCAUGGAGGUGCUGAAGAACACCACGCUCAUCUUCAGGGGCGCCGGCUACAGCGUCAGGAACGCAGACGUGGAGAACUACGCCCAGACAAUCAGCAACCUACUGAAGGAGGAACAUCGCGAGAAAUGGGAAGAGAUGCAAAUGAUGGGAGCCAGCACCAAGGAGUUCUUCAGACUGAUCGAGGAGUUUGUGGAUCUGAUUGGAACACAGAUGAAAGGGUUCCAGGACAUCUAUGAGGUCACCGAAAACUUAGAGCUGAGCAUCCAGAAGCGUCCGCGUGCCAUGCCGACCGACAUCUCUUUCCCCAUGAAGGGCUGGAGAGGCAUGACCGAGUGGAUCAGGAACUCCGAGGAGAAGAUCACGCUCAACCGCAACGCCCUCGCCUUCAACGUGCCUGAUGAGGAAGACACAUCGUCCUUUGUGACUGGAAUCGUUCUCUACCGCAACCUGGGAGUCAUGCUUGGCAACAAGAGCAACACAACUCUGCUGAACUCUAAGGUGGUCACGGUGAUUGUGAAGCCAGAUCCCCUCCUGAUCAACUCUCCCGUCGAGGUCGAAUUCCCUCAUCUGUACAAUGGCACGAUCAAUGAGACGUGCAUCUCCUGGGACGAAAGUGAAGCUCUCUCUCUCCUCGGCUCCUGGUCUCCGCGAAACUGCAGAGCUGUGCCCAUCGACUCCUUCAGAACCAAAUGCGUGUGUGACGGACUCUCCUCCUUCGCCAUUUUAGCGCGGCCAAACCCCGAUGUGGACAUGGACAAGACUCACCUCCCCUCCGUGACUCUGAUCGUGGGCUGUGGAGUCUCCUCUCUCACGCUCCUGCUGCUCAUCAUCAUCUAUGUCUCCGUAUGGAAGUACAUCCGCUCCGAGCGCUCUGUCAUCCUCAUCAACUUCUGCCUGUCAAUCAUCUGCUCUAACGCCCUCAUCCUGGUCGGACAGACGCAAGCUCGCAACAAGGUGGUGUGCACCCUGGUGGCGGCGUUUCUCCACUUCUUCUUCCUCUCCUCCUUCUGCUGGGUGCUGACGGAGGCCUGGCAGUCCUACAUGGCCGUCACCGGCCGCCUGCGCAACCGCAUCAUACGCAAGAGAUUCCUCUGCCUCGGCUGGGGUCUGCCUGCUCUGGUUGUUGCUGUGUCAGUCGGAUUCACCAAGGCCAAGGGAUACGGCACUGUCAACUACUGCUGGUUAUCUCUGGAGGGAGGCCUUCUCUACUCCUUUGUUGGACCCGCUGCUGCUGUCGUCCUGGUCAACAUGGUGAUUGGCAUUCUGGUCUUCAACAAGCUGGUGUCCAAGGACGGCAUUACGGACGUGAAACUGAAGGAGAGAGCUGGGGCGUCGCUGUGGAGCUCGUGCGUGGUGCUGCCCCUGCUGGCUCUGACCUGGAUGUCUGCCGUGCUGGCCAUCACCGACCGGCGCUCGGCCCUCUUCCAGAUCCUCUUCGCCGUCUUCGACUCGCUGGAGGGCUUCAUCAUCGUCAUGGUGCACUGCAUCCUGCGUAGAGAGGUCCAGGAGGCUGUGAAAUGCAGAGUGGUGGACCGUAAGGAUGAUGGCAAUGGCGACUCCGGAAGCUCACUGCAGAACGGACACACUCAACUCAUGUCCGACUUCGAGAAGGAUGCUGAAGCAGGCAGAUCAGGUGGGAUGAAGAGCUCGUCCGAGGAGAAGAUGGCUCCUCCCCCUAUGGGCGCCCUGCCCAUGGGCACCAACUUCCACACGCUGCCCGCCGGCGCCAGCACCAAGGCGCACCUGGCCGCCGUGCCCGACUACUCCAGCCACACGCUCACCCUGAAGCGCGAGAAAGCCGGCAGCCGCAUGGGCCUGGACCCGACCGGCUGCGGCAAACCCGUCUACGUGUGCGACAGCGAGAUGUUCACCCAGCUGGACCCGACCGGCCUGGGGAUGGGCAUGGGCAUGGGGAUGGGGAUGGGGCUGACGCGCGGCCAGGCCGAGGGCAACUCGCCCGACGGCAGCGGAAGCGGAAGCUCUAGCGGCGGCUACGUUCUUUUACCCAACACCACCUCGACGCUCCGCCCCAAGCCUAAGAUGGACGACGGCAUGUCCGGCUGCGGCAAGUACAACAUCAGCGUGGAGCAGCUUCCUCAAGCCCGAUUGGUUCACCUGAGCAGCAGCAGCGGCGGCGGUUACGCGGCGGAACCCCAGACGGCCGCGGCGUACGGCAUCAAGAUGCUGCCCUCGUCGGCGGACCACCGCGACCGCGUCAGCGUCUCGUACUCGGAGCACGACUCGCCCGUCCAGAACCUGCACAACAUGUCGAGCGAGUCGCACAUGACGCACAGCAGCCUGGGAGACACCUUCGACUCCAUGAACUCCAUGAUGUCCAAGAGCGAGACCAUCUCCACGCUGUCCAUGAGCUCGCUGGAGAGGCAGAAAUCAUCGCGCUACGCAGAGCUCGACUUUGAGAAGAUCAUGCACACGCGGAAACGUCACCAGAACAUGUUUCAGGACCUCAACAGGAAGAUGCAUCACGCAGACGUGAAGGACAGAGAAUCGCCUGCAUCAGACAGCAAGUCUGUAAGAUGGAGUGUCUCUUCUGGAGGCAGUGACAAAACUAACCACAGCGACAAACAGCAGAUGCCUUGCGGUGACCGGCCAUGGGAAGGGGUAGGGGGCGUGGGCGUGCCGCGAUCCCAGCAGCACUCACCCCCCGCCUGGGUACGCAAGGACCUGGAGCCCCUGUCCGCCUCUCCCCUGGAGAUGCAGAUCCAGGCCGUGGAGUGGGAGAAGGCCGGCGCCACCAUCCCCCUAGUGGGACAGGACAUUAUCGAUCUGCAGACCGAGGUGUGA